GGCAAUUAUUGUUUUUAUCUUUUCCUAGUUAUGUUAAAAAAUGUGAAGGGAAGGUUGUGAGCAAGACAAGCCAAAGUAGCGUCCAGUGUCUGCUAGACAGCACGUCCAGCUGUAAAAUAAUUAUUUAUUUUUGAGUCUAGGCUGCAUGUUGUAAACAUUAGUGAUGUUCGGUUUUGACAUUCAGGAAGUCAAAUUAAAAUGGCGGCAAUAUUUGGCAGCGUCGUUGGCGAGUUACGGCAGUCUCUGUACUGGCAUGUCUAUGGGUUGGACCUCGCCGGUGUUCCCCCAGCUACGAUCUGUGAACUCACCGCUAGCGGAACCCCCGACCUUACAACAAGAAUCUUGGAUUGGAUCGCUUUUGGUACUAGGAGGAUUAUUAGGUCCGUUGAUAACAGUUCCGCUGUCAAAUAGGAUCGGCAGACGUUACGUUAUCAUGAUCUCCAAUAUUCCUCUGCUCCUCGGCUGGCUGCUGGCCGGAGUCGCCUCUGACUUGCCCACGCUAUACGCGGCCCGCAUCAUGUGGGGCUGCGCCACGGGCAUGCAGUUCGCCACAGUGCCUUUAUACAUCGGUGAGAUCGCUGAGGACAAAAUCCGCGGUUCCCUUAGCGCUCUCUUCCUACUUUUCAUCAACAUCGGCUUCCUGCUCGCGUACGCGAUCGGUCCGCAUUCCUCGUACUGGGGUCUGACCGCAUCAGGCGGUAUACUGUCGCUGUUCUACGUACCGUUCACUUGGAUUAUACCGGAGACGCCAUUCUUCCUUGUCUACAAAGACAAAACUGAAGAGGCUAUACAAGUAUUGCAACAACUCCGCGGCAGCUCCAAGGAAGCUGUUCAAGACGAGCUCGACGGUCUGCGAGCGAUGGUUCAGAGAGAGUUCAAAACGGAACCCAGCGUUAGAGACCUCUGGGCGAGUUCCGGAAAUUUGAAGGCUUUGGGUAUAUGCGUGUUCCUCGCCAUGCUGCUCCAGCUGUCCGGGAUCGAUGUGUUACUGUUUUACAUGGAGGAGCUCUUAGAGAAGGUCGGGACGAAAAUAUCAGCCGCCGACGGAACCGUCAUCAUGGGAGUCGUUCAAGUCGUGACGAGUUGUAUAACGCCGCUCGUAGUGGACAGGCUCGGCAGAAAACUGCUCAUGUGGACGACCUCCCUCGGCCUGGCUGUAUUCCUAAGUGUAAUAGGCGUCUACGCGUUGUUGGACUCUCAUUUUAAGUAUAACGUGGAACCUUACGCCUUCCUGCCUCUGCUGUGUCUCGUCGUCUACAUGGUGCUGUUUACUUUGGGUGUGGGUCCGGUCCCCUGGAUACUGGUCGCGGAGAUGUUCCCUCCUCGUAGUAAAUGCCUCGCCAGCGGCGUCGCCUCCUUCAUGUGCUGGCUCGCGGGCUUCGUGUGGACGAGAUUCUUCCGCGAGGUCGCUGCGUCUUACGGUAUCUACACGGCCUUCUGGAUCCUGGCUGUUUGUUGUUUCCUGGGCUUCCUCUUCUCUGCGAGUCCGCUGUUACCGGAAACGAAGGGCAAGACCUUCGAUGAAAUACAGGAUAUACUUAAUAAGAGAACAACGGACCCAAAGCCCGAGGCUGUAUAGCCUACAUUUUUUAUCUGUUAAACUUAAAUAAACUAUAAAACCGA